AUGAUAACAUCUAGAGAUGUUUGGGAAAUUCAAAUUAGCAAAGUGAUUGUUCAUUUUGACGAAGAUAGUGGCCAACCAAUUGGGGAGUCAAGAAGUCUACUAGGAUCAUGGUUAGGUCAACUGAGCAAUUAUUUGAAUUUGAUACCCAUUAACUACAGUGACUGGAGAAAGGUAGCAGAUGCAAAGAUGUCAAACUACGUCUUUGAAAAGAAUACAAACGAAAUAGUUUAA